AUGUCGUCCGCACAUUAUACAGAUGGAAUCAUGCUCUUCGGAGAUUCGCUCACCCAAGCUUGGUCUGAUGGCUCUUUGUCCCAAAGAAUGGCAGAGCAUUACUCAAGACGAUGUGACGUGAUCAACCGAGGCUUUGGAGGCUACAACAGCGAUUGGGCUAUUCCAGUCUUCGAGCAGGUUUUUGCUACUAAAGAAGCUAGAGAGAAAGGUUUCGCUCAAAAUGUGAAGUUGAUCACCAUUUGGCUUGGUGCAAACGACGCUGUCUUACCCAGCUCACCCCAAAACGUACCCCUCGACAGGUAUAAAGCCAAUUUAGUUCAGCUCAUCAAUCUUGUCAAGGAUCCCUCGUCGCAAUACUACUCUCCUGAGACCAAAGUCAUAAUGAUCAACGCUCCACCAAUAAUCCCAGAUGCAUGGGUCGAAGCCAGAAUUGAGAAAUGGAAAUCUUUUGGAAGUGAAGGACCUAAACCUGACCAGAAUCGAGAUAGAAAGGUGACCAAAGAAUACGCAAAUGCCUGCAUAGUAGUAGGUGAAAAUGAGGGUGUGGAUGUAGUGGACAUCUGGACAGCAAUAGUUGAUGCUGCUGGUGGUGAAAGUGAUCGCCAGCUUGCACCUUACUUUUAUGAUGGUCUGCAUCUUACUUCUGAGGGAUAUGAAGUGCUCUUCAAAGCUUUGACGGCCUUGAUUACAUCCAAAUUCCCAGAACUAGACCCAGCAACCAUGGCAAUGAGAAUGCCGCAUUGGGCAGAGGUUGAUUUGGACAAGCCGAGAGAAGCAUUUGACAAGGUCAAGAAAGGACGUGUCGCUGGAGAAUUAUGA